AAUUAAAAAGAAAAAGAAACCUCAAAAACUUAACUAUUUAUACAUGAUGACAGAUGUUAUUGGAUAUGUUAUUGACAUUCUUCAAAAUCUUCAUGAUGGAAACACAGAGUAUUGCUUGAAUUCGCAAUAUCAAGGCCAACAAAGUGAAAAUACAAUAAAAUUGGAUUAUGUAUUAAGGAAAUUAUUAGAGCGUCACUUACAACUUGAAAAACAAGUUGCUCAAUAUCAAGCAUUUCUCAGUGAGUCUGAUUCAAUUGUGAUAAUAAAUGAUACAAAUGAAUGUUUAGAAGUGCAAAAUCUUAUUAAUGGCAACAGUCAUCCUAACACUGUUGCUCCUUCAGAUGAUUUCAACAAAUCUUCUUCAACAUUGCCUGCUUUGGUUCAUGAUGAUCAUGUUUGUUUAGAAUGUCUUAACCAAUGUACAACUGUUGCCAUAGCUGUCACUUCUGGAGAUUUCAAAAAAAGAGUUACUUGUCCCUAUUCAUCAGGUCCAAUCCUUACUUUAAAAAAUGCAAUCAAUAACAUGGUUGAAAAAAUUGACAAUGUGGCUUUUGAGUUGAUUCAAGUUGCUCAUGAAGUUGACAAUGGAAGAUUAGGAACUCAAGCUAAAAAUCAAUAUUUAGAUGGUGUCUGGAAAGAAAUGAUGAUUCAUCUAAAUAUGAUGGCUAAUAAUCAUUCUGAACAAGUAAGAGAUAUUGCUAAAGUAUGCACUGCCAUAACACAUGGUGAUUUAAGCAAAAAAAUUACUGUUGAGGUUAAAGGUGAAACCCUUGUACUAAAAAAUACUAUUAAUAUUAUGGUUGAUCAAUUAAAUUCUUUUGCUUCAGAAGUUACCCGCGUUGCUCAUGAAGUAGGUACUGAAGGAAGACUUGGUGGUCAAGCUAUAGUUAAAGAUGUUGGUGGUACUUGGAAAGAAUUAACAGACAAUGUUAACACCAUGGCAGAAAAUCUCACUUCUCAAGUGCGUGACAUUGCAAAUGUUUCAAAAGCUGUUGCUCAUGGUGAUUUGAGUAAAAAAAUUACUGUUGAUGUUAGGGGUGAAGUCCUUGAACUAAAAAAUAUGAUUAAUACUAUGGUUGAUCAA